AGCGAUAUGCUAUGGCAAUUAGCUCUAGCAACGCCAUGCAUGACUAGAGAAACCUAAUGCGCGAAUAUGCUGGCAAUGACACCUGCUGCAACGACCGUGGGCCCAUCUUUUUCUCGCUUUCCGUCGCUUCACGGCACCGAGAACACGGCAAAACCGGUAACCAGUAUCACAGGCAUCGUGUACGAAUCAGUGCAUACAAACUUCAAGCUAAAAUGACACCGACCCGACCCAAGAAACCGAGCACAGACAGACCCGCCAGAGCCGAAGAAGGGAGGAAGCCGCAGCCCCAGUUCAGUUCCAGCCGCCGGAGCCGCAGACACAAGCGACGGAUCGCCACGAUGGCCAAGAAGCGUCGCGCGUCCACGGCUUCCACCAAAAAGGCGUCGCCUGCCGCCGCCGCGAUGAGCUCCUCGCCCUUCCCGUACCCUUCUCCGGCGACGCCCAGUCGCUCACGCCGCUUCAACUUGCCGCGCGUGCAUACAUCACGCUCGGGCGUAGCUGCCAGCACGCGCUCGCAGCUCAGCGUGACGCAGCUGCCUGUGCUGUCGCCUCCACUCAAGAAGCGCGUCACGUCGCGACGCAGCGCCAAAGCUGUCAAGCUCCAGUUGCCUGACGACGACACAGAUGAAGACGAGAAUGAUUGCAGUAGGACCAACUGCUGCAACCUCAUCAGCGACACCGAGACAGAGGACGACGACGAAAAGCUGCUGCUCAUCAAACCCGACCCGUAUCUGCCCGAGUCCUAUCAACGUCGAGCCACUGUGUUACAACACGCAGGGAGCUUCUACGACGCCAUGCUCACUCGAGCGCGUGUCCACAACAAUCACAGCGAGUUCAUCGCGUUGCAGGCACUCGAGUUCGACAAGCAGUUCUACCUCUGGACCAGAGCUGGACGUGUCGGAUGUGCAGGCAAAACUACACUCACAGGCCCAUUCCCGAGCGCUGAGAAGGUCACACUCGAGUUCUGCACCUUGUUCGCGUCCAAUACCAACUGCGAAUGGGAGGAGCGUCACGCACUGCGGUACCAAGAAGGCAGCUACACGUGGAUUGAGCUGGACUAUUCAACUGGAACGCCUUAUUCCGAGUCGCUGACGUCGGCAUUGGCGGACAACCAAGGAGAAAUGGACAAUGCAGACAGUUUCCGAGACUUUGAUCUGGUGCCGACGACGUCUCCGCCACUCCCGAUGGCUACAUCUAGCACUCGUAAGCGACGUCGAGCUGGCAUGUGGACGACGUACUCCACUGCGACUUCAACUUCGACAACUGCAACGUCCAGCACGAGCGUACGGCGAUCAUUGAGCAACCAGUUCGACUGGCUGUAUGCAGGUUCAGAUGGAGACACUGCCGGUGCUUCUACCGAGACUUCCACGUGUGCAUGUGCCACUGCGCCGCCAUCGCGAUUGCCUACCGAGGUGCAGGACUUUUUGACGCUCGUUGCUGACCACACAGAGCUGUCGUAUGCUUAUACAGUCACUGACGAGCUAUUGGGGGAUGCUAUCAUGAAGCUGCCGCUCGGGCGUCUGUCCAAGACGACCAUUAAACGGGGAUACGAGACGCUGGAGGAGAUUUAUGAAGCGCUACGCACUCGACAGACGUCCCGAGCGCGGCUAUCGAACCUUAGCAGCCACUUCUACUCACUGAUUCCGCAUCACUCGCGUCUGGAAGUCAUUGAUACGAUGGUAAAACUAGGCAAGAAGGUCCAGCUGAUGGCUGAAGUUGGAGCUAGUGUCCGUGGAAUGGCUCACGAGCCUGUGGCACGGCGGUGUGCGUCGAGAAACUACUUGGAUGAGUGUUACGAUUUGUUAGAGUGCGAGCUCCAACCUGUGAAGAGCUCGGAUCCCGAUUUUGCGCUAAUUCAGACGUAUAUCCGCAACUCUAAUUGCUGCGGGCGGAAGCAAGACCGAUUGCAGUUGCUGUCGGUCUUUCGUGUUGAGAAGCCCGAGCAGGAGACACGCUUUGAGCCUUUCCGCACAUUUACCAACCGACGGGUAAGGCGUUGAGUUGUUUUGUACUGUGUUGUUUUUUUUUUCUAUGUUUUAUCAAGCCUGUGGACGCUAACCGCUUCUGCGCGGUUUGCUCCGUUGCCAUAGAUUCUCUGGCAUGGCAGCCACUUGGCAAACUGGCUGGGCAUCUUGUCGGAAGGGCUGCGCAUCGCACCACCCGAGGUCGCGUCGAAUGGACGGACGUUUGGUAAAGGAUUGUACUUCACGGAUAAGGUGACGAAAGCGCAGGCGUAUUGCCACUGCAGACCUACGAACGGCCACAAUCAGUGUGUGUUCGCGUUGAGUGAAGUGGCGUUAGGUGAGAGCAAGGAGAUGCUCAAUUCGGAUGACAAUGCCAAGCAGUUUGUACACACAGGAGCUGGUGGGCGUGCUAAGGGAGCCUACUACCACAGCUGUAAGGGCGUUGGGUCGUGUCGCCCAGACUCAGCGGGAGAAGUUGCGGAUGUUCACGGAGCCAUUUGGCCCGUAGGGAAACCAGUUCAGCCGGAGGAGCGAACGGGACUGCAUCACAGCGAGUAUAUCAUCUACAACCCCAGCCAGACUCGGAUGCGCUACGUCGUGCUCGCAAGGAGUCCUUACUAACAAGCACAAACCAAACACGCAUGAAGCGUGCGGAUGCGUGUGCUUAGACUUCGGCCUUCCUCUUCUGUUGUUCCUCGGUAUACGCAGACAAAAACUGCUUGUCAGGAGAGUCCACGGCGCUGUGUAGUGUUGUUUACAGUAGUUGGACGUAAAAUACAUUAGUGCGUAUGUUAACCUUCCAGUACAACAUAUCCGGAGUGUGCAGGUAGUUGAAAACAGAGCUGCAAGAAUCAUGUUCCAAGUUACAAAGCUCACAGGUUGUUGUUCGCUCCUUACUGCGACUUCUUGGCACGUGCCGUGAUGGCGUUCAGGCGCUCAACGAGGGGCGGGUGGCUGUAGUGGUAGGCACUGUACAGCACGUCCGGGUUCAUGUUGGACA